AUGACCAAGGGCUCCAACUCGAGGGUGGCUCAGGCCAUGGCCCUGGCUUCAGCCGCCGCGGCAGGCUCUGCCUUCUCGAUGAUGGCGGCUCCUGAAGGGUCGCAGUCGCGCAUCGUGGCCCGGGCAUCGGGACCGAGCCCGCUUUCCGCACCAAGCAGCAGUGGUGUCGCCGGUGUGGCGGGCCUAGUGGGCACAGGCUUGGUGGCCAGCGCUGCCCUCAGCCGCUCAGUCAAGCCUCGUGGUGGCAAGAAGAACCUGGUGUCCAUGGCAGCUCGUGGUGGCGAGAGCUAUGACGCUCUGGUGAAGGACCUAGAGACCCUCGUCAAGGAGAAGGAGUGCGGACCGAUCCUGGUGCGCCUGUCCUGGCACGAUGCCGGUGUGUUCUCGGAUGGCAAACUGAAGGGUGGCUGCCCGAACGCCGCCAUGCGAUUCACGGAUGCCGGAGAGGGCACUUUCGGCGCCAAUGCAGGGUUCAACUUCAGCGUGCAGUUGGUCCUGCUCCAUGGUGGUCACUUGCAGAACCUGGACACUUUCAACCAGAUCUUGGACAUGAAGAAGUACUCGCCGAGCCGGGCGAUUUGGGGCACUCGCCACUUCUUCUGCGCCGUGAUCUCCAAGGAGCUGCUGUUGAAUGGUGCCUAUGAGCUGCCGUACAACAUGCCACCAGGGUUGGCAUCCACACGAGGCCAUCCUGGUCUCACGAUCAGUUUGACGGGGUUGGGAGGUGGCUUGGAGAAUCAGCCACAGACGGUCCAGUAUGAUGGUGAUCUCGCUCUUGCAGAGCUGGACAAAGGUGGACAGGCUUUCUGGCAGUCGCAAGGAUUCGACACG